AUAAUAGGUUUAUAUCCGCAUAGGUUAAUCCAGCCGAAAAGAAUCCAACAAUUAUUUCCGUGUUGGGACGAGCCGUCAUUAAAAGCCACCUUCAACAUUUCCGUAGAACAUCAUACAAAAUACAAAGUUUUAUCGAAUAUGCCGAUACGAGAAUACAAAUCUGUGAGCGAUUCCGCAUACACAAUUUUCCAGACGACACCUCCAAUGUCUAUAUAUAAAGUUGCAAUUAUAAUAUCUGGACCAGAUCUGGACCAAGUUCUUAAUUCGACUGAGACUGUGGUCAAUACAUGGUGUAGACCGCAUUUGAAACCUCACGUGACAUUCGCUCAAUAUGUCGCUGGAAAUAUAACUGAGUAUUUAAAAAAUAAUUUCGAGAUCUUAAAAAAAGUUUCAAAAGUGGAUUAUAUCGCUAUUCCAAGUUUUAAAAAAAGAAUCGAAUAUACUUGGGGACUUACUUUUUACAAUGAAGCAGAUAUUAUCUACAAUGAAGAGUUACAUCCUGCUUCGUAUAAAAUUACAGUAAUGCGCUCAGUAACUCGUGAUAUAAUAUAUCAAUGGUUUGGUAAUCUCUUCACUCCAUUUUGUCUCUCAUCUUAUCGGUUAUUAAAUAAAGGACUUAUUACAUUCCUUGAGACACAUAUUAUCAAAAAGGUCUAUCCAGAUUUUGAAAACAUCACAAAUUUGUUGGUAGUUAAAACUCAACAUGAAGCUCUUCAUCUAAACUCUUAUUCCGCUAUGAACUCUUUUGCAACAAACACAAGCAGUAUAUCUGAAAUUUGUUCACAUUUUCCAUUUUCUCGUAUCAUAGGACCCGCUAUAUGGCGCAUGUUGAAUGGUACACUUCCCCGUAAUUCAAUGUUGAUGGGUUUAAACACAUACUUUAAUACUCGAUUUCCUAACUUUAAUUCGCCAACUCCCGAUGAUCUAUGGAGUUUUAUACAGACUGGUAUAGACGAUAAAUUAAAAAAUAAACUGUAUAAUCUAAGCAUAAAACAGAUAAUGGAUAUUUGGAUUACUCAAACGUAUUGCCCUGUGGUAAACGUGAAACGAGAUUAUUCUGAUAAUCUCGUAAAAAUAUCGAAAGAGAUUAAUGACAAAUUAGAUCGGAAACCAUAUUUUAUACCUGUGAGCUAUGUUAAGGAAACGAACAUCAAUUUUGUCAAUAUCUCGCUACAAAGUUUCAAUUGUUUAACGCAGUCGAAUCCGGAAAUGAAAAUCAACUAUGAUAGUAAAGAUAAAUGGUUCAUGGCCAACAUAUUACAAACUGGAUACUAUCGCGUCAAUUAUGACACCGAAAAUUGGCGAAUGAUCGCGCGUUAUUUAAAAUCCAAAAAAUACGAGAAUAUACAUGUUAUCAAUCGAGCGCAAAUCAUCGAUGAUGCGUUCCAUCUUGCGAUGGAAAAGAAACUUGAUUUCUCCAUAUUUUGGGAACUCGCGAGCUACUUAAAGCAAGAGAAGGAUUAUGUAGCAUGGUAUCCUAUGAUUAAAGUUUUUGAACGUAUAUCCAGUGUCUUUGCAAUUACAACAACUCAUGAUGAACAUCUCAAGGUAGAGAAACUUAUUGCCAAUAAUAAGACAUAUCAAUAAAAUUAUGUUAGAUAUUAAGUCAAUACAU